AAGAUCGCCGGUUCCCACCCGCCUGCCCACAUCCUCUCGGCCCUGGAGCACCUGGCCCUCCAGAACACCCACCAGCUGCAGGAACUCACCGACGGCAUCGACAUCCCUCGUGACGUGGAAGCACUCAAGUUCCGCUAUGCCAGCGCCCACCUGGAAGACGUCUCGGAUGCGGCGGACGACCUGCCUUCUGUCCAGGGACUCAUACAGGAAGGCUGGAGUGAGUGCGAGAUGCUCUGCGUGCAGCAGCUCCCCCUGCAGGCCAAGCAGAAGCAGCUUGCGGCGCAGCUCGGAGUCAUCGUCCAGGAGAUGCACCGUCUUCUGUCUGACGGCUCGGAGCGCUCCAUCUUGGCCAG